ACGUGCUUCCUGUUGCUGCCCGCAUGUUGCCUGUCCCUUUCUGAUUUUUUUGAGCCACAGUAAGAACAACACAAAGUGUGCAGCUCUGAAAACGGAGGAAAAUCUCUAAAAUGCCGCGAGCCAAGCAGUCAGCCCGGAGGAAGAAGUUUGACUACAACCGGAACCGGAAGAACGUGAAGACGAAGAACAAGAAGAAGUCGAACCCCAGGAUCGAGCAAUCUCAGAUUCGAAAUGCGUGGGAUGAUAACAAGUCCGUCGCCAGGAACCUGCAGGAGAUGGGUCUGGCUUUUGAUCCUAACCGCUCUCUGCCCAUAAAACAGCAGAAGCUCCUCAGGGAAGAUAAGAAGCCUGGCGUCGUCACCAAACCCUACAUCGUACAGCAGCUGGAGGCGGAGGCCAGCCUCCCCGGGAAAGACACCAAGACGUUAUCGACCGACCUGAUCGAAUACGUUCAGUACAUGAUCCGAGAGCACAACGAGGACUACAAGGCGAUGGCCCGAGACGAGAAGAACUACUACCAGGACACGCCCAAACAGAUCAAGAGGAAAAUCAACGAGUAUAAACGCUGUCACCCGCAGCACUACGAGGCCUUCGUCAGCUCGCUCGCAGCUCCAGAGCCGAUGGUCCAGUAGAAGAUCCGCUGUGGGUCUGAGGAAGUGGACUGUGGACAUUCAGACUUAGGUCGAGUGUUUGGACAGACAGUAAAAUACUGGAGCUGUCGGCGAGUGCCAAGGAAACACGUCCGUGUUGUAUUUCUGGGACGUUUCUCUUCUUUUGUAUUUUUAAUUGAGUCAUUUUGUUUCAGGAUUUAUUCGCUCUUUCUUGUGAAAGUCAAACAUGACUGAAAUGAGAUUUUUAAUAAUUUAAACCCCUUGAAGCUCAUCCAGCAGGUGUGGGGUUUUUUCCCUUUCUGGGAUAAAAGUAUUUCACUUUCCUCCAUUAUCCUCAUAAACCACAGGAGGACCCAAACAUCCAAGUAAAAUCAUGAAAAAUGAAUCUA